AGACAGAAGAAAUCGAGGACUUUGUACUACGAAAAUCAGUGCCAUAAAUAUUUCAUUCAAUGAUCAAUAUCGUGAUUUGUCUCCAUCUCUGUGCUACUGCGAUUCGGAAGGACCUCCAUUAAAGCUUUCGCUGAGAGCUUCCCAUUUCGCAGACUCGUUUCGAUCUCUGACUCUUAACUGUGCAGGCCAUUGUCUCCAUACUCGGGCAAGAUCUGACCUCCUUUAUCAGUCGGUGAUGUAUAAUUUAUUGUAAAAUAUUCAAUUUUUACGCGGCAUUUUGUAUUCUAUUUUCGACCCAUUGUAGUAGGUCGGGUAAUAUUGGAUACCCAUAUCUUAGAUUUUUGGACAAAGUUUUCUUUCUACUUUUAGAUUUUUAUCUGUCUGGGACGACUGAAGGUUUUUCAAUUUGAUUUGUGUUGUGAAAUUUUGAGGUGAGAAUUAAUUUAGAUUUAGGGAAAAUGUCUUCGAUUCGAUUCGAUUCCUCUAAGCAAUACUACGCCACUAGCAGUCUUGUGGUAGGGUACGCUCUCUGUUCAAGCUUGCUAGCGGUCAUAAACAAGUUCGCCAUCACCAAAUUCAACUUUCCUGGCCUUUUGACUGCUCUGCAGUACCUAACUUCUGCUUUGGGAGUUUGGAUUUUGGGGAAAGUAGGGUUUUUGCACCAUGACGCCUUUACAUGGGAGACUGCCAAGAAGUUCUUACCAGCUGCCACCGUUUUCUACCUUGCAAUCUUCACGAACACGAACCUUCUUCGCCAUGCGAAUGUUGAUACGUUUAUAGUGUUUAGAUCCUUGACACCCCUUUUGGUUGCAAUUGCUGACACCACAUUUAGGAAACAACCAUGCCCUUCCAAGCUUACUUUUCUGUCAUUGUUGGUCAUUUUGGGUGGAGCUAUUGGGUAUGUUGCUACUGAUUCAGGCUUUACUUUGACUGCUUAUUCGUGGGCAUUUGCUUAUUUGGUGACCAUUACUACUGAAAUGGUUUACAUCAAGCAUAUGGUUACCAAUCUUGGGCUUAACACUUGGGGUUUCGUGUUGUACAACAAUCUGUUGUCAUUGAUGAUGGCUCCGCUGUUUUGGAUUAUUACCGGAGAGUAUGUUGAGGUGUUUGCAGCUGUGGGAUCUAGUACUGGGAAUUGGUUUCAAUCCAGUGCUUUUAUUGCAGUGUCGUUGUCUUGUGUCUUUGGUUUGCUCAUCAGUUUCUUUGGAUUUGCUGCUAGGAAGGCCGUUUCUGCCACGGCAUUCACAGUAACAGGGGUGGUUAACAAGUUUCUUACUGUUGCCAUCAAUGUCACCAUUUGGGAUAAGCAUGCCAGUCCCUUUGGUUUGCUCUGCCUCCUCUUUACAAUUAUAGGCGGAGUUCUUUAUCAGCAAUCGGUAACUGGAGCUGGCAGUGCGUCUUCACAGCGUGAAUCAACUGCAUCUAAGCAGAUUGAUAGUGAGGAGGAUGAUCAUAAUUAUGAAGAUGAUAGUCAAGGAAAGGGCGUACCUGGUAAACUUGCUUCUGUAUGAUGUAUUUUAAACUGCUAUCUUUGUCGUUUAGCCUCAGGAGAAGAGGCUUAGAAGAAUAUAGGAGUUAGAAGUUUUAUCAUCUAUGGUUUUAUCUGGAAAAGAAAAAUCCUAGUGUUAAUUAUUCUAAAAAAUAUAUAAUUUUGUAUGAGAUCUUACAGAUCUUACCAAUGUAUGGAUUCAUGGAGCACUUUAAAUUACUACUACUUUUGCUGCCCCGAAAAAAAAAACAGAAUACUGAAACUGAAACUGAGAGAACAGCAUCUCUGCUGCUUUACCAUGACUCUUGCGAAGUAAUAGUUGGUUGCUCAUCUAUGUUCGCCUGAGCAAGAUCUUUACUUGGAAACUAAGAAGUAUGUAGUCAUCAGCUAUUUGUACUUUCUCAAUUAAAUUUAGCUUGUUGUUUGUGUUUUGUUUUGUUAUUUUUUUUAUGCUUGUCUUCUUUCCUUGAUAUAAAAUGGGAUAUAUUUCGUAUGUAUUGAUGAUUCCAUAUUUGGAGACUGACUAUAAAGCUUUCCCAUGA